AUGCAACAUACUAGUGCUGGAGGAGGAUUUUUUUCAAAAAUAAAGGAAAACUAUAGUAGCAAAUUGGCAGGUUUAUCACUAGCUGGAGGACCCUAUGUUGAGAAAGAUGGUUCUUCAGAAGACAGCACACUAAUUCACAAUGCAUUUGUCAAAUACUACGACUCUAAAGGAUUACCAUAUCCCGACUGGUUAGGAGUGAAAACGUUUCAAUCUCAACAACAACAGCAGCAGCAGCAAGGAUAUGGCAGAAAUCAGUACCAACAAGAUUAUUCCCAAUCUAAAUAUCAACCGGUGCGUCAAGACAAUACUUUCAAUAAUAGCUAUGCGACUAGGCAACAGCAGCAGCAGCAGCAAUAUCAACAACAAACGAAUGGCACUAAUAGACCUAACUCAGGUGGGUAUCAUCGUUCUUCAAGUCGAUUACAGGACUUGUACAACAAGUCUCGUCAACAAACUAUACCAGGUCAAGGAUAUAAUACGAGUAACUCUUGGAGUAAUAAUCGUUAG